AGAAACGCAGCCCGCUUUUCUGUUCCCUCCGGCUCUGCUCCCUCCUCCCGUGGCGAAUGUGCUGCGCGGCGGCGGGUGCUUACGUUCGCGGGGUUUGGCUGUUGCAGGCAGAAGCUGGGAGGAGGCGGCAGCGGCAGCGGCAGGAGCAGCAGCGGCGGCGGCGGCAGCAGCAGCUGGGAGGAGGUGGUGACGGUGGCAACGGCAGCGUCGGGGACGAUGGCGCGACUGGUGGCAGUGUGCAGGGACGGGGAGGAGGAGUUCCCCUUCGAGAGGCGGCAGAUUCCCCUCUACAUAGACGACACCCUCACGAUGGUGAUGGAAUUUCCUGACAAUGUGUUAAAUCUUGAUGGGCAUCAAAAUAAUGGUGCACAGCUAAAGCAGUUCAUUCAGCGACAUAGUAUGCUUAAGCAACAAGAUCUUAGCAUUGCCAUGGUGGUGACAUCACGUGAAGUCUUGAGCGCACUUUCUCAGCUCGUCCCAUGUGUUGGUUGUCGUCGCAGUGUGGAGCGCCUCUUUUCCCAGCUUGUGGAGUCUGGAAAUCCUGCCCUUGAACCUCUGACAGUAGGACCCAAGGGAGUCCUGUCUGUAACUCGAAGCUGCAUGACUGAUGCAAAGAAGCUUUAUACAUUAUUUUAUGUACAUGGGUCCAAACUAAAUGACAUGAUAGAUGCUAUUCCAAAAAGUAAGAAGAAUAAGCGAUGUCAGUUGCACUCCUUAGAUACACACAAACCAAAACCCUUGGGUGAAGGGAGCAGUAGCAGUGUCAGUUCAGAGAAGUUAAGUACAGAUAAGAGAAGUAGUGAAGACCACAGGAAGGACAGCAAGUGUAGGAUCAUUUUCCAUUAUGGACCUUUCCAGGGAACAGCCAGAGGUUGUUGGAUGGAUGUAUGGGAACUUAUGUCCCAGGAAUGCAGGGAUGAAGUAGUUUUAAUUGACUCCAGUUGUCUUUUAGAAACACUAGAAACAUAUCUUCGAAAACACAGGUUUUGUACUGAUUGCAAAAAUAAAGUCCUUCGGGCAUACAAUAUCCUUAUUGGUGAACUUGAUUGCAGCAAAGAAAAGGGCUACUGUGCAGCACUUUAUGAAGGCUUGCGGUGCUGUCCACAUGAACGACACAUACACGUUUGCUGUGAAACAGACUUCAUUGCGCAUCUUUUGGGUCGUGCUGAGCCAGAGUUCGCAGGAGGGUAUGAACGAAGAGAAAGGCAUGCUAAGACAAUAGAUAUAGCUCAAGAAGAAGUUCUGACCUGUUUGGGAAUUCAUCUUUAUGAAAGAUUGCAUCGAAUCUGGCAAAAACUACGAGCAGAAGAGCAGACAUGGCAGAUGCUUUUCUAUCUUGGUGUUGAUGCUUUACGCAAGAGUUUUGAGAUGACUGUGGAAAAAGUGCAGGGUAUUAGCAGACUGGAACAACUUUGUGAGGAAUUUUCAGAAGAAGAACGAGUAAGAGAACUCAAGCAAGAAAAGAAACGCCAAAAACGGAAGAAUAGACGAAAAAACAAAUGUGUGUGUGAUAUUCCUACUCCUUUACAAACAGCAGAUGAAAAGGAAGUAAGCCAAGUUAAGGUAGUAUUUCUCAAGGUCAACUCAUAA